ACUAGUAUUUUCAAGAACUUCAAGUGCUCAAGUGCAAGAAAAAGUUCAGUGUUGUAUGCUUGGGUUACAUUAUUCAUAUUACCUACUCUGAGUUUUUAUGAGAUUAUUUUGAAAUUCUAAAUGGUACACAAUGAAGAUCAUCCACAUUUGCGCAUUUUUGGCGAUCCUACAAUUCGAGAAGGCUCUUAGCCAGGUGCAGGAUAUGCUGGUGGCGUCUUUAGAAAAAAAUCUGCAAGAAGAGGAGACUGUCAGGACCUUCCUCAACAACAUACACAACGUGGUCAAUCGAUACAGUAAAGUUUACGACAAUAUCGACAAGGAUUACUGGGCGAGCACUGAAGACUGGAUUCCAAGGUUCACCUUGAGAACAAGCUACGAUUUCAUCAUAGUCGGAAGCGGUCCUGCGGGUUCAGUAAUAGCAAACCGACUCUCGGAGAUACCAGAAUGGAAGGUGCUUCUGAUAGAAGCUGGGGACUACGAGACCAACUUCAUGGACGUGCCCCUGGCAGCCCCAGUGUUUCAAUAUUCAAAGUACAACUGGGAGUACUACGCAGAAUAUCAGCCGAAGAUGUUCGAAGGUUUGAUGGGGGGCAGGAUGCAUUGGCCUAGAGGGAAGGCGCUGGGGGGCACCUCUACCAUCAACUACAUGAUUUACACGAGAGGCAACCCGGUGGAUUACAACAAAUGGGCCUCGCAAGGAAAUCCAGGAUGGUCCUAUAACGAGGUCCUGCCCUACUUCCUGAAAUCUGAGCGAGCCAGACUGUCUGAAAGGGACCCUGACGUGCACAACAACGAUGGUCUGUUGGGGGUGGAAAACGUAUAUAAAUCGCGACUUCUAGACGCCUUCAUAGCUGGCGGAGGGGAACUGGGUCUGCCUCAUAUCGACUAUAAUUCGCCAAAGAUCCCCUUCGGAGUUUCCAGGGUGCAGGCCACCGUGAAGUCUGGAAAGAGGCACAGUGCUGCCACUUCGUUUUUGAGGCCUGUCAGAAACCGCACAAACCUACACAUACUACACCCUGCUUACGUGACAAAACUCCUAAUUCACAAAACUAAGAGGGAAGUAUACGGGGUGGAGUGCGAAAUUGGUGGAAAAAUCUACAAGAUCAAGGCUUCCAAGGAGGUCAUCUUAUCUGCAGGAGCCUUCAACUCCCCGCAACUCCUGAUGCUGUCCGGUAUAGGACCGGCUGAUCAUCUCCGCGGCCUUGGAAUCAAGGUACUCCAAGACCUCCCGGUGGGCAGAAACCUCCACGAUCACCUGACGUUCCCUGGCCUGGCUUUCAUCAUCAACCAGACGGAAUCGCUGGGACCGGCCAAAGUUAUGGGAGGCGAUGCCCUUGGCACCUUCAUCCAGAACGGAACCGGGCCUCUGACCAGCCUUGGAGGUGUUGAGGGUAUUGGUUACAUCAAGACGCAAUACGCCACUGAGCCUGGACCCCAACCUGACAUCGAGUUGAUCUUUGUGGGGGGUAGUCUAGCCAGCGAUUAUGGUAUAGUGACCAGGAGGGGGAUGAAGAUAACCAAUAAGGUUUACGACGGGUUGCUCAGACCUCUUCACGGUCUUCCGACCUGGACUGUAUUCCCUAUGUUGCUACACCCCAAAUCUAUAGGAUGGAUGGAGUUGACAUCGAGGAAUCCUAAGGAUUAUCCGAAAUUCUACGGAAACUUCUUCACGGAUCCUUACAAAAGGGAUAUAAAAACAUUCAUAGCAGCCAUUAGGUUCGUGCAGAGGCUGUCUCGAACUAACGCUUUCCAAAGGUUUGGGUCAGUGUUGAACCCCAACAGACAUCCAGGUUGUACGCAGUUCAAAUUCGACUCCGACGAUUAUUGGGAAUGUUGCUUGAGGUCCAUAAGCGUCACUUUACAUCACCAGGUAGGCACAGCGAAGAUGGGGCCUUCGAAUGAUCCCACCAGCGUGGUGGACCACCAGCUUAAAGUGCAUGGAGUCAAGAGAUUAAGAGUGGCGGAUUGUAGCAUCAUUCCUUUUGCUCUCAGCGCACAUACGAACGCACCUUCCUUCAUGAUAGGUGAAAAAGCUGCUGAUAUGAUCAAGGAGCAAUGGCUGAAUGAUGCUAACCUAAGCACUUUACAAGAUCUUGUGGCUCCUUCCAACGAAGUCAAGAAACGAAGUUCUUAAUUGACCUUCCUCGAGGACCCAGAAGAACUUUUCUAUUCCAUCUAGUUUUGGAAUGAUUCUGUGAUUCAAGUAUAAGAAACAUAUCACUUUUCGAUCUACCCCUGUAUCUGGUCGUCAAAACAAUAUUUAAAUAGUUGACCAUGAUUGUCGAUCGAAAGGAGAUGUUUAUUUGUGGAAUAAUUGCUUCCACAUCCAAUUACAUACCUCUUAUUUAUAAAGUUUUGUCUGAUAGGAAUAAUUUAUUAUAUAGAUGUAUAGAACUCGGUAUAGAAUAAUAUACGAUAUUUAUUGAUCA